UGAGCCGAAGUACUGCACUUAACUGUGUGCAUUUAAGUUCACUUCGCCGUCAACGUGUUGCUUUUCUGCAUCGAACCAAACGACGAGCUGGGAGAUGUCGACUAAAGUGUCACCGCCGCUUCUACUGCUUCUGGCUACCGUCGUUGUUUCAGUGCACGCCGGCAGUCACAGGAGGCACGGCCACGGACUGGGCUGUCGCCGGUGUCCACCGGGUUCGGCCGUGCUUCGUCCGUGCGGCCACGGGCUGGACACCGAGUGCGCGCCGUGCCGUCCGGGACAGUUCCAGCCGCAUCACUCGUACCGGCGUCACUGCCUGCCGUGCUCGCGGUGCGGUCGCGGCUUGUUCGAGGCGCACCCGUGCAGCGCGACCAGGGACGCCGUGUGCGACUCGUGUCACACCCUGGUGCCGGGCCCGCACUCUGAGGACUUCUACGUGAAGUGCGGCAACGACACCAUGUACACCGUGUCGCCUUCUUCGGACGAGUACGACGAAGACGGCAACGACCUCUGGAAUGGCGGCGGCGGCGCCGACUCCCCUGGAGACGCGAUGCUAGUCAGGGACGAGCUGACGCACAUGAGGCACGAUGAGGAUCGUCCGCUGUCCCUGGAGCAGCAAGUGCGACUCCACGGAGUGCACUCCAAGUUGCACGCCAUCAAGCACGGCCACCAGGGCGGCGUAACGGGAGGAGGCGACAGUGGCGCCACCGUUGUCACAGCCGUGGUGUCCAUCUGCGUGCUGGCCGGGCUUCUGUUCUCCGUGGUCCUCAGUAGGUGGAGGACCAACGGGACGUCGUCAGAUUCGCCCCCUCCACGAAGGAGUAAACAAGGCUACAUUGUGGUGUCCCAGUCAUCUUCAGAAAACUCGUCGCCUGUUUAAGGUAUUUCCAUUGAACGCACCGUGAAACGUUCAUGACUACGAGUGCCAUCGGCGAACUGUAUUCAAUUUAUGUAGUGCCGCCCAGUUGUUCAACCGGUCACGUACAUACAGUUGUGCACCGCUAGUCGACACCAGGGGACACCUUCUUUCGAAGCUACGUCGACACGAACUGAUUAGCGUAAACUUCAAAACGUGGCAACGCUGCAGAACUGAUCGAUCGUGAUUGUUCUUUUGU